GAAGCCGGAGCGAGAGCAGUCCUAACGAAGCGCAUUGAGCAGGCCUGGAGUUUGAGCACUAGUUGGGCAGCACUCAUUUGUUCAUUUAAAGGAAGAUCAAUGGCCUCCCUGCUGCGUCACAGCGGAUACCCAGCGGGAGGGCUCACCAGCAAUGAUACCCUUCUAAAUAUUUGAUGCUGGUUGGUUGGUGGUGGGGGAAGAGGUUGGAGGGUUUACACAAUAUAGUUUUGCAGCUGUUCUCCCUGCCAGUUGAGCAGAGUGUCUCAGGGCAGUUCACAUUAGUAAUUGAUGGUGCCCCACAGUGGCCUGUUUUGAGGCCACUGUUCAUUUCAUGGGCUAUCACUUUUUUUAUUACCCGACUGAUGCCUUCACAGCCAAUUAAUUAUUCAUGAUGUGCUAAUUAAGGGACAAAAUAAAGUAGUGCAAUUAAGACCAGUUCAAUUAAACAAGAGAGGGUCCCUGCUUGCUAAGUUGUUUAUCAAUAUAAGAUGAAGGCGCCAAAUAGUUGCAUCCUUGAUUGACCCUGACUGCCUCUACUCCCUGAACAUACUGGACUCUUUAUUUUAAAACAUAUUUCUAAUGGUCUCUAAAUGUUCCUGCUGUCCCCUCCAUACUUCAGAGUCUGGCAGAAGCAGCACAUACUGAGCAUGCCAGACAUUUGGCUCCAUAUUUAGCUAGCCAUCACACACACACACACACACACAUACACACACUCACUCACACACACACAGAUGUGCUUGUAUACACACACACACACACACACACACACACACACACCUGUGCUAGUCCCUGUCCAUCUCCCAGAUUGGCCCAGGUGCUGGGUUUUGAUUGGCUGAGUGCUAAUGGCUGCUAUGUUCACUGCUAAAGCUGGUGUCAUAGCUCCUCCUAUCCAUCUCUCUCCCUCAUCAUCAUCAUCAUCAUCAUCAUCAUCAUCAUCAUCCUCAUCUGGCGACAUGGAGCUAGCAGCUCACGCAACAGCCGGACACUUUUCCAUUCCAGUCACAGCGCAGUCGCUGCCCCCUCCAGAGUUGCAUCAUUACCGAGAUUAUCCCACGUCUUUUAGAUAAUGACGGCUAAUGUAUCACCAAUAAAGAUGAAUGAGGGGAGCUGGGAGCCUCUAAUUGGAGGGACAUGAUGUCUGACUCUGUGUCGGCGACUGUGCCUACAGUGUUGAGCGCUUUGUGGAGUUGUCGCUGCAUAGCUCUUGGUACUCAGCUGGAAGGGCUAUGUGAAGAGUAGUCAUCUCAGGGGUCUGGACUGGAGGGUCAGGCGAUCCAGAGUGCACCCUGGACAGGACCAAUACAGAAUUCAUGAAUUUAUCAUAAUUGGAGUCAAGCAAUUUGAGUCAGACAGGAAAUAGAAUUCGAAUUUAUUGAAACAGUUCUGCAUAGUUAUCAUGGAAGUAAAGUGUAAUCCUCUCUUCAGACAUAGAGGUUGGUUAAAGCAAAUAUUUUUAAUUCAGGACUUGCUGCAUUCUAGAAAAUACAGUGUAAAAUACAAAAGUUGUGUUAUAUGUAAAAUUGUUGGAUCCUUGUUGCAUUGUUGGUCAUUUAUGAGCACGAUUGUUUCUGCGAUCUCUGUGAUUACAUGGAAAGAUCAUUUGCUGUCCUUUCAUUUAUUCUUUUAAGACUUUGAGGUGACAUAUUCACCUUGAGAGAAUGACAUGAGCAAAUUUUAGAAUCCAUUUUUCCUUCACUUCACUUCCCCUUUUACUGUUCCAGUCUAAUUUACAAAGCACAGUCUACUCGUCAACCCUUGGAAAGUAAAAAUCUGUUUCCAUCUUCAGACUUGUUUAGCGUCUCUCUUUCUAGAGCUUGUAGCUCAAAUGGACGUGGCCUUUUGCCUGGAGCUGGGGCCACAUGAAUGCAUCAACCAUGGCCUCUGAGUAGUCCUAUUGUAGACAGACUGGGGCGGCAGGACAAGCCAGCUAUUGAGGAGCAGAUUAGAUUAACAGUAAUCCUCCCACAGUGUUCUGAGCCCUGUCUGUGCAAACUCUAGUCCCUGAGCGCAUCAGUCACACUCGUCUGCCCAGCAUGACGACGGAGGGCCCCGGCCACCCUGGCCUUCUCUCCUGUGGCUGUCGGCCCGGGGCCAGAGCCAGGGAGAGUAUUGAGCGCUACCUCUCUGCUUCUGUAUUCUGCUGAAAGUGUUUUGCUGUUGUUUUGCAGUAUAUCUCUGUUUCAUUUUUAUUUACCAAAUCCUUAUUACAAAGACCAGGGUUUACUGGGAAGUGUACUUUACUUUGACCAAAUACAACAAUACACUCACUGGCCACUUUAUUAAGGACACCAUACUGAUACUGGGCAGGAACCUCAUUUUGUCCCAUAGCAGCCUGAUUUCUUUGUUGCAUGGAUUCCACCAGGUGGUGGAGAUUUUGGUCCAUGUUAACAUGAUUGCUGGUAUUGCUGCAGAUUUGUCUGCUGCACACCCAUGCUGUGAAUCUCCUGUCCUAGUAUAUCUCAAAUGUGCUCUAUUAGAUUUACAACUGGUGACUGGGAAGACCAUUUAUGUACACUGAACACAUUGUCAUGGUGAUGGAACCAGUAUAAGAUGACUUCUGCUUUGUAAUAUGGCACAUUAUUAUGCUGGAAGUAUCCAUUAUAAGAUUGUGAAUUGUAGCUAUUGUGGGUAUAUUGUGACCAUGCACAUGAACAGCACUCGAUUGGUAUUAGUGAGCGCCAGCGUGUGCCAAGAAACCAUUCCCUACACCAUUAUACCACCAUUGCCAGCCCAAACGUGUUGAAACAAGGCAGGUUGAGGCCAUGAAUUCAGGCUGUUUACGCCAACUUGACCUUCUGAAUGCUACAGCAGAAAUUGUAAUUCAAUCUUUUGCCCCAUCUUCACAUAUUCGUUUUUUGGGAGCCUGUGCCCACUGUAGCAUCAGUCUAUUGUUCUGUUCUAAUGCAUGGGCUUCUGCUGUGGUAGCCCAUCCACCUCAAGGUUCAUUCCCACCACAGUGGGAAAGAAUGGUUAUUUUACUUGGGUAGCCUCCAAAAAAUAACUCCCCCCCACCCCCCAAAAAAGCUUUAACUAUUUUCAUCAAAUGUACUUUUUUAAUGUUCUUUGUACUUGAGAUCUACUGUCAAGGGAAGGAACUUCACUUCUGUGGUCAUAUGAAAACACUGGCCAGGGCUUGAUAGUCAAUCUAAAUCAAACAAUGAUGAAAAAAGAUUUUUGGAAAGGAAGUAGCAUCUAGAGUUCUGCCUCACUUGCUUUUCAAUUAUGGCAGACAGAGCAGAACAGAAUUGUUAGUGCCAUUUAUUGAAUGUGCUUCCCUCUGCAUAAAGGUGCAUGUCAAGAAAUCCAUCGCCGUGUAUAACAACCUGUCUGUUUUACCGCAACAAAGAGAUCCCACUCUUGUCAGAUAGCCUGUGCCAGUUCAUUAGAAACAAGGAAAGGAUAAAAAGAGUCUAGAAAGACACGCUGACAAAGACACAUUUCUCUAUCCACCCAUCCACACAGUGUUGGUAGUCACCCUGAAGAAUAUCUCUUGACGCUGCGCAUUCACAUGGUGCAGAACAAAAGCAAUUGCUGAAUGAAUCGAUUAUGAUAAUGAUUGGUUGGUGUAAAGAGCAUUUUCCCACUGAAUGAAAGUAAGAUGAUGGAUUAUUGGAAAAAACAUUAACAGAGAUCUUUAUGCAUGACUGGGUCCCAUCUUUCUCUAACAUGAAGAACAGCAGUGUUCUUUCAGUUAGCCACACCUCUUUUUGACUUUUGAAUCUAAACUUGUAAUCACUGACUAGUCACAGUGAAAUUUUAAGUCCUACAUGCUGGAUCUCAGAGACAAAGCAUUAAAAAGCAACCAGUAAUAAAACAACCAGUAAUUUCAAAACAUAAAUGUGUUUUAUAUCUCAAAGCUUAAACAACAUUUACACCUCCAUUUGUAAUAAAUGUAUAAACAUAAUGGCAACAAAUUAAACAACGUAUUACAUUAAUCAAUUAAUUAUUAAUGUAAUUCAUUUGAUGGCAGCUUUAAGAGCCAGUUUUAUGAACCUAAUGUUGGUGCUCCUGCCAACUGGUAGUAAGGAUUAAUGUAAUUCAUUUUUAAUAGAUUUGACACCACAGAUAAUAAUUGGAAUGAGAUUAUGUGAACACGGUACAGUGACUCUCAUGCAGUCGGCCUGGAAGAUCACCACGUUUAACAUCUUGAACACAAACUCAGUUUGUAAAUAUAGAGAUAACAGAAAUUAAAAGGUCACUUUGUUUGGACUGAUAACGUGCAGGGACAAUUGGGAUAAGAUGGUAAACUCUCUAGGUAUUAAAUACACUGCCUUUCACAACACUUAUUUUAUUCGGGAAUUUUUUUUUUAAUGAGUUGGUGCAGUUAAUACUCGACUACGUGCAGUUUUUUUUUAAUAAAACAAACAAAAUUGUUAAAUGAUUUAAUACUGUCAGUCAUUGAGCCCCCAUGGCGUCCUUCAUCGGUCUUGAUUAGUACAGUCUAAGUCAGAGGGGGCGCUGUGGACCAGACAGAAAUAGUCGAUCUCAGAAGCCUUUCCCUUUGUGUUUAUAUUUUUAAUUCUUUUAGAGGGAAACUGUCAACCAUAUCCAAAGUGCUGGACCAAAGAGAAAUAAUGUAUGCUUUCGUGAGGUUCUUUGAGGACGAUAUGUGCUAUGCGUUACCUGUAUCAAAUGUGAAAGAUUUCAGACCUCUGCACAAAACAGAUUUUGAUAAUCAGAAGGUGUAUGUGGCUCUCAGAAGUGAAGAGAGUGGCACAGGCCAGCCAGCCAAGGCUCAGAUUCUCGCCCUCGCAGAUAGCAUUGAGGAAUUUGAGGACAGUAUUAUGCAAAAGAAGAUGAAAAUUCCCAAAAUGUCAACCAGGAAUGCAGGACAUGCAGUAGAAAAUCACUUUGGUGACGAAAGAAUACCCCUCAGACAUAAAAAGGUGCAUCCUCCGGAGCAGCAGAAGGCCUCCUCCAAGAGCCUGGCGGCAGUGGUGGCACGCCUGGAGCGGAACGCCGUCAGCUCCUGCGCCGAGGGCGAGGAGUUGGACCGGCUGGCCGAGGAGGAGGAAGAUGAGGAUGAAGAGGAAGAGGAGGAGGUGGCGGCGGCGGCGAUGGGCGCGGGGCCGGCGGCCGUGGUCCCCCGCGUGCUUUAUGAGGAGCUGGUGCACAGCUACAGGCAGCAGGAGGAGGAGAUGCGGCGGCUGCAGCAGGAGCUGGAGCGGGCACGCCGACAGCUCCUCCAGCAGGCCAAGAAGCUGAAGGAGCACGGCAGCCUGCUGACGGAGGUGAAGGAGCUGCGUGACUUCAACCGCCGCCUGCAGGACGUCCUUCUCAUGAGACUGGGCAGUGAGCCAAUGCACGACAAUGGCACUCAGACAAUCAAAGCCGAGGUGGUGGAGCCAAUCGCAGAGCCACAGGAAGUGUGCCGAGAGGAAGCCAACACUAGCUCCACUCACUCACCCUCUCCAAGGACCGUCUAUACCUUCAACGAUGGAAAAGUUCACCUGGGUGGAGGCAUCUGGGUGGAGGAGGAGAAAUGGCAUCAGCUGCAGCGUACGCAGGGCGACUCCAAAUUCACCAAAAACCUGGCAGUGCUGAUCUGGGGCACAGAGACGCUGAAGAACCGCAGCGUGACCGGCGUAGCCACUAAGAAGAAGAAGGACGCGCUGCCUAAACCACCCCUCUCCCCCAGCAAGCUCAAAAUCGUACGAGAGUGUCUGUAUGACCGCGUGUCCCAGGAGACGGCCGACAGUGCCGAGAUCACACAGCGACUCUCCAAAGUGAACAAGUACAUCUGUGAGAAGAUCAUGGACAUCAACAAGUCCAUCAAGAACGAGGAGCGGAGAGAAUCCAAGCUGUUGAUCCGGCAGACGGUGAAGAUGGAAAACUUCUCCUACGAUGGCAUGUAGGGGCCGGCGAGCACUCCUCCCCCUAGCUCUCACUGCUCCUCACGGACCACUGGGAGGAGACGAGGCGUCACAUGAUCACCCGCUCUGCCAUUUGAGAUUCUCCCUUGAGCCCAAAUAGAGGCCUUCUUUCCCUUUACUACCCCAGUACACCCAAGCCUCUCCGACAGCUUCACCCACAAAACCCCCACUGCCCAUCAUGUCCGUCAGCAUGCGUGCAGUGAAUGAAUGAGAGCUUCUGGGGAGGUGGUUGGUUUAUAAGCUUUGAAUGGGGGAUGUUGAGGGGUGUGCGGUUGGUUAUGAAACGUGCGUUUGACAGGAGAGAUCCUAUAAAUCACAUCAAAUACGAAUGUGUAUGGCACAUCGACUGGUGUUCUGUGUCAGAACAUGUCCUAAUGUCUUUAAGUGGAGAACAAAGGUUUUUUCCCCUUCAAAAGAACAGUUCUGCUUUAAGGAGAACGUUCUUUAUAAAACAUGAAUGCUCUUUUGACUCUGGAGCUUUGUGUGGAGUCGAAUAGGUCUGUCUGCUGUUGGUACUUAGUGUGGAGAGACACAAAAGUGCACCUUUUAAGCAGGGUUCGUUCCUG